CACCGCAUGUUUGUUUACAAACUUUUGAACAAGUAGCUAUUUCAAAAUGAGUUUCAAAAAUUAUAAAGAUAAAAUAGAUGAGGGUGAUACAGUUAUUUUAUACCUAAGUAACAAUUUAUACGCUAUAGAUGUGUGUCGUGAAAUAAAAAAUAAAAAAGGUGAAAUGGUAGAUAAUGUUUUUCAAACACCUUUUGGUGCCUUGAAGGUUAGGAAUCUAAUUGGAGCUGAAUAUGGUAGUCGGGUGGAACUAUCUAAAGGCUGGGGCCAUGUACUGCAGCCUACUCCAGAGCUGUGGUCUCUGACGCUGCCCCAUCGGACACAGAUUAUCUACACUCCGGACAUCAGUAUGAUCAUGUUGCAACUUGACUUGGUGCCGGGGAGUGUGGUUAUUGAAGCAGGUACUGGAAGUGGGUCACUGACUCAUGCCCUCAUCCGUCGAGUGAGGCCUCAUGGGCACAUCUACACCUUCGACUUCCAUGAGCACAGGGCCAAAUUAGCCAGAGAAGAGUUUGAGGCCCACGGGAUAGCUGAGUUUGUUACUGCGCAGCACAGAGAUGUCCUGGCCGAGGGUUUCGGCGAGGAGCUCAAAGGCAAGGCUGAUGCCGUCUUCCUGGACCUGCCGAGCCCUUGGAGCGGGGUGCCGCAUGCCGUGGCCGCUAUGAAGGACGGAGGUAAGUGA